AUGGCGGCAACUCCUCUUGGCCGAUUGGGUAGCAGUAGUACGGCGGCGCAGACACGCAGCGCGUGCCCGCGCGACCGGUGGCUCCCCGACAGUGCGCGCUCCCACUGCAGCUGCUGCGGCAAGGCCUUUGCGCUCCUGCGACGGCGCCACCACUGCCGCGUCUGCGGCGACAUUGUGUGCGGCAAGUGCACGACCCGCGUCCUGUUGCGGGACUGCGCCAUGCGCGCAGGCAAGUCGUGCGUCGCCUGCGCAAUCGUGACCGACACGAACGACAUGCUCGACUUGGCCGCCGGCAUGGAGAAGCGCCCGACGUGCCCGAUGUUUGUCGACCUCUUGCCGUCGAGAAAGUGGAAGGACGUGCACAAGGAAGUCGCCCACCGCGCGUGCUCGAUCUGCCUCGACGACUACCGCGGCCUCGACAGCGUGACCUCGCUGCCCUGCCACCACGCGUUCCACACCAAGUGCAUCACGCCGUGGCUGGCUACCAACGACGAGUGUCCAAUGUGCAGGUACACGCUGCCGCGCGACGUGUGCUUUACGCGCUCGGACGCGCUCUUUGUCGCGUCCGAGUAG